AUGAUGGGAUCAGAUAUCAAAGAACCACUCAAACUACCAUGUGGUUUAGUUCUGCCCAACCGCUUGGUGAAGGCUGCAAUGGCUGAGGGGCUGGCAGACAAAGGGCAUUCGCCAGGGACGCGGGUCUCUCGGGUCUACGGCGAAUGGGCAAAGGGCGGAUGGGGAGCCCUUCUCACGGGAAAUGUACAGGUCGACGUUCGCCAUCUAGGUGGCUACGGUGACCUGGUUACACGUGAGUAUCGAGAAGACGAGCGCCAGUCAUUGGAUGCUUGGAAGAAAUAUGCAGAUACCUGUCAACAACAUGGUACGCCCGCGAUUGCUCAGAUAUGCCACCCUGGCCGCCAGUCCCCGAGAGGUGCAGGUGAACGGGGUCUUUUUAGGAAACCCAUUGCGCCGAGUGAGGUUCCCCUCCAUAUCGGAAGUGGGUUGGCUGCAACCGUCGUCAGGGACAUCGUUUUCGGGGUUCCGAAAGCUAUGUCCCAUGCUGAUAUUGAUCAUGUCAUCUCCCAGUUCGUAAAUUGUGCCCGUAUUUUGGCACAAUGCGGCUUUAGCGGCAUUGAAAUACAUGCGGCACACGGUUAUCUUCUGUCGCAAUUCCUCUCGCCACGGAGCAAUGCUCGUCAAGACGAUUAUGGUGGUAGCGCUGAGCGGCGAGCUCGUAUUAUUCUCGAAAUCAUCCACCAAAUUCGAAGCGUGGUUCCUGCAAGCUUCUGCGUCGGGAUCAAGCUGAAUUCUGCCGAUCAUAAUGCAUCGCACUUUGAAGAUAUAAUGACUCAAAUUCAGCUCUUUAAUGAUGCUGGUGUGGACUUUCUUGAAAUAUCUGGCGGAUCUUAUGAAGACCCAACAAUGAUGGGCCGUGGGCUGCGAGACGAAACUAGCAAUGCCAAGAGUCAAUAUACAGAAUCUCGAGAGGCCUUCUUCUUAGAUUUUGCGGCAGAAACAAGGAAGCGGUUCCCAAACCUCAUUCUUCUGCUCACAGGAGGAUUUCGAACUCGCAAGGGAAUCAAUGCCGCGUUGAAGGGUGGCGUAUGCGACCUCGUGGGCAUCGGCCGCCCAGCAGUUCUCUGCCCCGACUUCCCACGACUCAUAAUGGAUGAUACAUACUCCGAUCAUGAAGCCGGUGUGGUGUUUCCUAAAGUUCCAAUCCCAUUCUUGGCGAGGCUGCUCCGAAUCAAAAUGCUAGGCGGAGGAGCAGAAACACAAUACUUCCGUGCUCAAAUUCACCGCAUAGCCGCUGGACUUCUUACACAUCCACCAUAG